CAGAGCACUAGGAGCAACCUCAGGGCCCGGUGUCUCGUGGACGAGCGAUGAUCGUGUCCCAUUCUUGCCCCCAACACCGCCAGUGGCAAUUCAGGUUCUCGACUUCCUGAACACCGCGUACAUGCCCAUCGUCAUCUAUUUGGGACUGAUCGGCAACUUACUGUCGCUAGUCACAUUUCUCUGCACAAAACUCAGGAGCCGGACAUCCAGCCUUUACAUGGGAGCACUAGCAGCGUCCGACUCUGGCUUUCUCGUCGUCCUUUCAUUCGCCUGGCUCAGCGAACGUGGAGUAAACAUGUACAAGAAAGACCUCUGCCCGGCUACAGUGUUCCUGUCAUCAGCGUUUGCCUGCUGGUCUGUGUGGCUCACGGUCAGCUUCACGGCCGAGCGCUUCUUGGCCGUGUGUUACCCGCUCUGCAAGCUCCGGACCAGCUUCCGAAACCGGCGGCCUCGAAUAAUCAUCGCCGCGACUGCUGUAUUCAGCGCCGCACUCAACGCGCCCCUGCCGGCGUUCGUGAGCAUCGCGGAUAGCGACUUCGAGGACUGCAGCCCGCACCCAGACUACGAAAGUGCACUCUACUACUUCAACAUCCUGGACACGGGGCUCACGUUGAUCUUGCCAAUUCUUCUUGUCACUGUCAUGAACUGCAUGAUCGCCCGUGCCAUCUACCUUUUCUACGCUCGCAACAAGGAGCAGCGCAGAACGCAGGACUUCAACCAAGAUUGGAGAGGCCGUCAUGGUUCGUCGCCGAACCAACGGAACAGCAAUCUGGCAGCGUCGAGGAUCGACUCGGCUACUGCGACCAGCGGUGGCAGCUCGGCUCACGCUGCACAAAGCAGCGUGACGCGGACGCUGCUGCUGGUUUCAACAGUCUUUGUCCUGCUCAACUUGCCAAGCUACGUCAUGAGAAUCUACGUGUUCCUGCUCUUGCUUGGCCACUCGCCACGCGCUGACCCCGAAGUCAACUCUGUACCUUACGUGCUGCAGCGCUACUUUAUGCUCCUCUACUACACCAACUUCGCCAUCAACUUCGUCCUCUACAACACAAGUUCUUCAGUAUUCCGUGCAUCGCUGCGUGAUUGUGCUCUAAGGUGCUGGGCGACGCUGCUGGACUCCCUAGCAGAACUCCGAUCAACCAUGGGGAUCCCGUCUUCAACCAUUCAGUACGAAGACACGGCCAUGUAAUUAAAACACCGCGGUUAAUCUCUGCCAGGAAGGGACGUGACUUCCGGAGGGAAUACUAUUGUGGAGUUGCGCUGAGCAUAGUUACAUAAACCGCGCAAGACAAGUGCCCGAAGAGCUUCCUCUGUGGCUUUGCAGUAGAUGAC